AUGUCUCUCACAUUGCUAGAAUUUGGCCACUCAGCUGCAUUUUUAAGCCCUCUCCGGGAAUCAAUCGCGAGAAUUGAACUGGAUGAUCUUCUCGUCCUUACAAUCUUGUUGGCUGUCAGUAUAGCAUAUUUUGGACGCGGUAUAAUAUGGGAUAAGCCUGACCCCUACCACCAGAAGUGGUUUGAAAGACCACAAGCAGAUUUCAUUGGGCUGAAUGUCACGAAAACUACACGAAAUAUUGCACAAAAACUCGCUGAGACAGGUCAUCAAGUGAUCAUUUUCUGGGGUUCUCAGUCAGGCACUGCAGAAGGCUUCGCAAACAACCUAGCAAGAGAAUGUCAUCUCCGCCUCAGGCUUCGCGCGUUGGUUGCUGAUGUGUCAGAGUAUGAUCAUCAUACUCUGACCAAGUUAUCCGAGUCCCAGUACGCCAUAUUCAUCAUGUCUACGUACGGCGAAGGCGAUCCUAGCGACAAUUCUACCAGCUUCAUAAGCUGGCUUCAAGCCGGCCCACAGGUGCGGCUUACAAGUCUGAGAUUUGCUGCAUUCGGGUGUGGUAACAGCAACUACAAGCACUACAAUGCUGUGGUCGAUACUACCGCUGCGGCACUAGAGAAUCUCGGAGCUGAAAAGAUUCUUCCUACAGGAAAGGCGGAUGAGGCUCGAGGCACUACCGAGGAAGACUUUUUGGAAUGGAAGCCAAAAGUGCUCAAGGAGCUUUGUAGUCGAUUAGCUCUUACAGAAUACGAACCCAAUUACGAACCCACGAUCAGUACUAUCUUUGACGAGUCUAUUGACUUUAGCGGUGUCUACAUGGGUGAACCGAUGAGUCGAAUGGCUACAAAAUCCAUAUCUGGACCGUCGUCCUCAAUAGUUGCCCUGCCGAUAUCUUCGGCACGAGAGCUUAUCAAUGAUAGGACAGUGUUACGCAGCUGCCUCCACAUUGAACUCGACCUAGCUGAGCAUCCUGAAGUCAAAUAUAAAACAGGGGAUCAUCUUGUGGUUCAACCAACCAAUCCUCUUCCGGAAGUCCAGGCACUGGUUGAUAUCCUUGGUCUUGUCGGCCGUGAAAACAUUCCUAUUAUGUUACAAUCUACAGGAUCCAGCCACGACAAGAUUAGUCUACCAUCUCCUACUACCAUAUAUGCACUUUUCGGUCAUUACCUCGAGAUCUGCGCCCCGGUGUCUCGCGCGACAGUCAUUUCCCUAGCACAAUUUGCUAGCACCUCAUCUGCGCAAAAGCAUCUCCUGGCCAUCGCUUCGGACAAAUCAGCCUUCAGCACAUUUUUGGCGCGAAAUCACAUUAACUUCAGCCGCCUGCUGAGGUAUAUUCAAGUGAUAGACCCUUCAGCAACCUGGUCGAAUCUUCCUCUUUCAUUCGUCAUCGAAUCAAUACGACCCAUGACAACUCGCUAUUACUCGAUUUCUAGUUCCAGCAUCACCUCACCUCGCCGUGUUGCCAUUACGGUUGCCAACAAUUCACAGCCUCUGCUCGAAGACGAUAGUGUUGGUAUACCAGGGCUGGCAAGCACAUACCUUUCUUCUUUCAUGUCAGACAGUGGUUCAACCUCGACAGCACUCUAUCCAACGGUUAAAAACUCGGCGAUUUCAACGGCGACGACGACAUUACCACCGAUAGGUUUGGUAAAUGCUUCCAUUCGUCGUUCCACCUUUAAGCUGCCUGCAUCGCUGAGCAUUCCACUCAUCAUGAUAGCAGCAGGGACAGGUAUUGCACCAUUCCGCGCUUUUCUGCAAGAACGUGCUCGUUUAGCAUCGCUUCAGGGGCAAAGAACCCCUUUGGGACGCAUGGUGCUGAUUUUCGGCUGCCGCCAUCCGGAUCAGGAUCUUUUGUACAGAGAAGAGUUGGAAAACAUACAGUCAACGCUGCCGAUGCUGGAGAUUGUCUAUGCUUUCUCGCGGCUCGAGGGCCAGAACAAGGUCUACGUCCAGGACCGUGUUGCUGAGCGACAAGAUGACCUCAUUAGUAUGCUUCUCGAAGACGACGCAGCUCUAUAUAUUUGCGGAUCUGCAACAAUGGCCCGCGAAGUUCGUAGCAGUCUUGGCGAAGGCGUGAAAAGAGCACGGUUGUGUGACGAGAACGGAUGGAACAGCUGGAGAAAAGAAAGAAGGCGUGCGAAAAGGUGGCAGGAAGAUGUGUGGGGUUAG